AUGACCGGAGGGACAGCAAGAGAGGCCAGCCUUGUCCAGCAGACCUUUGCUCUGCUGCAGAAGAAUAUUCUGGUACAAUGGAGGCGGUUGGGACAUGUAGUGCUGGAGUGGCUCCAGCAUUUGGCAUGGAUCUUCAUGCUGUUCUUAAUACUGGCUAUUAGAGACAGUCCAAGGCCAAGUGCGUACUCACCGGCCGAGGUCCUGGGGCGUCUGGAUGAAUUCAGCAACAAAACUUUUCCAGUUGGCUACAUCUCUACAAUCCCAGCCAUCCGGGACAUAAUGCAGAGGGUCAGCAGAAGCACCAUCAUCCCAAAAAUAUCAGUGCAAGAAUUUCAAAAUACUUUCGACCUUGUGGACGUAGUUGAUGAGAACAUCACUGUUGGUGUGGAAUUUGAGAACGAGUUUACAUAUUUUAUCAGAUAUCAUCUGUACACCAUUCCGAACCCCAAUGACUACCUGGCUGAUAAAGGUUACUGUGAAAAUUCAGAAUAUAGAUGCCGUCCUCUGGAGUACUGGAAAUUGGGGUUCAUCUCUCUACAAGCUAGUAUUGACUCUGCCAUUGUAGAGAGGAACACCAAGCAGUCGCUAUGGGAUGGGAUGGCGGCCACAGAGGUGGUGAAGAUGAAAGCCGUGGACUACACAGAGAGGACAGUUCUGUACAUGGGCAUUUUCAUGUAUGGAAUGAGCAUGUGCUUCAUCACUCUGUCGUAUCUCAUGACGCUUCAGAUUACCCGGGAGAGGAGGAAAACCAGAGAGCUGAUGAGGAUGAUGGGACUGAAGGAUCUAGCAUUUUGGUUGUCUUGGGGGUUGCUGUAUACCGUCAGUGCCAUCAUCAUCGCCACCCUCAUGGCUCUGGUUGCCACCACUUACAUAUUUGUGCAGAGUUCCUUUGGAGUUAUUUUUCUUCUCUUCUGCCUCUACGGCAUAGCAACGGUCUGCUUUAACUGCAUGCUGAGCACCCUCUUCAGGAAGCACCGUCUGACAGCAAUUCUGGGUUUUUUCCUCACUCUCUUCCUAGCCGCACUGGGCCUCCUACCGCUGGUGAACGCCAUGCCCAAAUCUCUGGAAGUUUUUCUGAGCAUUUUCCACCCCUUCUCCUUUGCCGUUGGGAUGGUGGAGAGCAUGCACAUGGCAAAUGACCUUCAAGGGACCUACUUCUCGGACAUCAGUGGUGAUUCCUCCCACAUACUCUCCAGUGCCAUCUACCUGACUCUAGACUCAGUGCUUUAUAUCAUCCUCACUCUCUAUUUUGACAAGAUUAUUCCAGAUAAACACGGAGUGAGACAUGAGCCACUGUUCUGCCUGAGACCUUCAUUCUGGUCAAAGAAGAAGAUGUCCCCUGUACCACUAAGAGAAGGAGAGCGCAUAGAGAAGGACUUGGGGGACUAUGUGGAAAAAGUUCCCAUUGAGUUACUGGGAAAAGAAGCGAUCAGGAUAAGUAAUGUAAAGAAAAUGUACAACGGCAAAGACAAGAAGACAGAGGCUCUACGAGGUCUGAAUCUGGACAUCUAUGAGGGGCAGAUCACAGCAUUACUCGGUCACAGUGGAGCUGGAAAAACAACACUACUGAAUAUACUCAGUGGGAUGUGCGGAGCCACAAGCGGAUCUUCCAACAUCUAUGACCAUCCUCUAUCAGACCUCAGUCUUCGCCAGGAGAUUCAGAGAAAGAUUGGUUUUUGUCCGCAAUUUGAUGUCAACUUUGAGCUUUUAACAGUGAAGGAGAACUUGAAGGUUUUUGCUCAGAUUAAAGGAGUUCAUAGAAGUAAAGUUAAAUCCGAGGUAGAAAAGGUCCUUUGUGACCUGGACAUAGAUAACAUUCAAGACCUGAGAGCCAAUAAACUGAGUGGCGGUCAGAGGAGGAAGCUGACACUGGCGAUUGCACUAUUAGGAGACCCCGAGAUUCUGUUGCUCGAUGAACCGACAGCUGGCCUUGACCCGUUCUCCAGGCAUCGUGUGUGGUCUAUUCUCAAAGAGCGCAAAGUUGGCCACGUCACCUUAUUCAGCACGCAGUUCAUGGAUGAAGCCGACAUCCUUGCGGACCGUAAGGCUGUGCUCUCUAACGGGAGGCUGAAAUGUGUUGGGAGCUCUUUUUUCCUAAAGCGAAAAUGGGGCAUCGGCUAUCAUUUGAGGAUGCAGGUGACAUCACCAUGUGACACAGAAGCCAUCACAUUGCUCAUAAAGCAGCAUGUCUUCAGUGCCAAACUUAGCACACAGAAUGUGGAGGAUUUGACUUUCACCCUGCCAUUCGAGAACAUGGAUGCCUUCCCAGCUCUGUUCUCUGACCUGGAGGGACAUGUGGGACGAGACAUUGUAAGUUACGGUGUCUCUAUUACUACUCUGGAUGAUGUGUUCCUGAAACUGGAAGGAGAGGCUGAGAUUGAAAAAGGAGAUUAUGGCGUUUUUGCCCAUGAGCAAAAUGAAGAAGAGGAUCACUUCUCUUCGGAGCCGGAGGAUUCGAUCCUUCUGAUGUCAGACUCCGGUACACCCACCAUCAGUGGACUGGCAUUGUGGAGACAACAGGUUUUGGCUGUGGCGAGGAUCCGAUACUUGAAGCUCAUCCAUGACAUGAAAGGCAUUCGAUCCAUACUUCUUCUUUUGGUACUGUUCAUCCUUCCCCUGGUUACCUUCACCAUAGUGAUGAACAGUUCACACUCCAUAAACACCUGGGAACUGACUCCACACCUUUACUUUCGAAGACCCGGAGAACGGAAUCACAGAUAUUACUCCAAUCUUCUGCUCGUCAACACCACUGGUCUCCCCAUUGAAAAAUUUCUUCAUAGUGUCAUGGCGCAAGAUAUUGCCGUGGAUGUUGUGGAUGGUCCGUAUGAUGAAAAAAUACUACAGCCUACAAUGGCGCUAUAGAGAUCACACAAGACAAUGAUAAGGGUUAUGGGUACAGAAUAAUUGGAAACCCCCGAGCACAGAAUAGUCUCCCGGUAUUGGUUAAUAUUAUCAGUAACGCCUUUAUGAGGGUCUAUAACUCCACAGAGAGGAUCAGGAUGUGGAAUGACCCCAUCUUGCCUGACUACAGGGAUCAUUACGUGAUGUUCUACGUGGGAUUUGUGUGUAUGAUAUAUGCGUCCGGACUUGCCCCCCACUUUGCAAUGACCAGCAUGCAGGAUAUGAAGAUCAAAGCUCGUUCCCAGCUGCGUAUUUCUGGCCUUUUCCCAUCGGCAUACUGGUUUGGCCAAGCCCUGGUGGACAUCUCCCUUUCUUGGCUACUCCUUUUCCUGAUGGUCGCCAUCGUGUUUGCUUUCAGCCAUUCUGUCUAUCUGUCGUUCUUCAAUGCAGUGCUGCUUAUUGUGGAAAUUUUGGGUUAUGGCAUGGCCAUGGUCCUCUAUGUUUACUUAAUCACAUUCGUGUUUGGGAAGAGGAAGAUUCAUCAGGACCGAUGGUCCUUCUUCUUUAUUUUGUCCUCCCUCGUCCCGCCAAUAUUCAGUGCGUUUCAAAUCUUCAUUGCCUUGCCAGAAGAAUUAUGUUUCAUCUACUUAAUCUUAGUGCCGCCCAGCAAUUUGAUGGCGUUUUUGAUUGGAAUGGUUUACCUUCAUGAAUCUUAUGACUCUUUUCUGCCAACUGUGUGUGGCCACUUGGUGAUUCCGUAUGCACACACUAUUAUAUUCUGGGGCCUCCUAUGGUUUUUGGAAUGGUGGAUUGGAACCGGAAGUUUAAAACAAGAUCCAGUAUUCAGAUUCAUGAAGAGAGAACAUCCAUUUACCCAGAAUCCUGAGCAGCUGGAUAAUGCUGAUGAGGAGGUCCUUGCUGAGAAAGAAAGGGUUAACACUUUGAAGACAACAGAUCAGGAGGAGGAGAGGCCAACCAUCCUUGUGGACAGUUUGCGAAAAGAGUUUAAUGAGAAGUCAGGCAUCUGCAGACUCUUCCGGAAGAAGAGAACAGCCAUCAGUCACACCUCAUUCUGUGUCAAGAAAGGUGAAGUCCUGGGACUUCUGGGCCCCAAUGGAGCCGGGAAGACCACAUCUGUGCUGAUUCUGGCAGGGGAGAUGAAGCCAUCUGCUGGACAGGUGGUGCUGGGCAAUACAGUAGACCCCCAUAGGACUGAAGACUCUGCAGCGCUGGGCUACUGCCCCCAACACAACCCCCUGUGGCCCAACCUCACCGUAAAGGAACAUCUCACCAUCUACGCCGCUGUCAAGGGCAUGAAUAAAGAAGACGCAGACCGUGCUGUCAAACGGGUGAGUGAUGCUCUGGAGAUGAAGGACCAUCUGAACAAACCUGCCAGGAAGUUGUCAGCCGGGGUCUCCAGAAAGGUGUGUUUUGCCAUCAGUAUGUUGGGUAAUCCCACCAUUGUUCUUCUGGAUGAACCUUCAACUGGUCUGGAUCCAAAAGGACAACAAAGACUUUGGAGAGCCAUCCGAGCCGCCUUCAAGAACAGGGAAAGGGGCGCCAUCCUGACCACACACUAUAUGGAGGAGGCUGAGGCUGUGUGCGACCGCGUGGCAAUAAUGGUGUCAGGAAAACUCAGGUGUAUCGGAUCCAUCCAGCAUCUGAAAAGCAAAUUUGGUAAAGGUUAUCUCCUGGAGAUCAAACUAAAGGACACCCAGCAGGUAGAUGUGAUCCACCAGGAGGUCCUCCGCCUCUUCCCACAAGCCACCAGGGCAGGACAGGUUCUCUUCCAUGUUGGUCUAUAAGAUCCCAAUGGAUAACGUACAGUCUCUGUCACAGGCCUUCCUAUACUUGGAAAAUGCUAAACAAACUUACAACAUUGAAGAAUACAGCUUCUCCCAGUCCACCCUCGAGCAGGUUUUCCUUGAGUUGGCCAAAGAACAGGAGAAGGAAGACUUCCACUUGGAUUCCUCAUUCCGAUGGAAACAACUGAGGAGUGAAGAGAUUUAA